AUGUGCUUAACAAAUGCAAUCAAUGUGUCAUCGUCGAACAUGAACAAUUCAUCAUUUUCGUCUACUAUUACUGCUAAUAAUAAUAAUAAUACUAACGAUGAUAAAAAAGAAAAUAUUAACAAUACUCAUGAUAUUAUCUCUGAUUACACUGAAAAUGGAACUGAUGAACUUACAUUAGGGAAUGGUAAUCAAUCGGAAGUUUUAUUGGACGAUAAAUCAAACCUAAGUUCACGUAGAAGUCGGACUGGACGACCUAUUGAUCCCAUAUCAGUUGAUAUUCUUCCGACUAAUACUGUUACCAAUUCUCAACUAAAUCUUCGUAUUAUUGAUUUUAAUGAUUUAUAUAUAGGAGACACAAUUGGUGUAGGUGGUUUUGGUCAUGUCUUUCAUGGUAAAUUUGGUGAUAUUGAUGUAGCCAUCAAGACAGCAAAAUCUUUAGCAUCAUUUUGUUCAGUACAAACAACAACAACUUAUGAUGAUACAUCUGAUGCUGUACAAAAAACUCUUAUUGAUAGUCUUUUACGUGAAGCACGUCUUUUUUCUAAUCUUAAACAUCGAAAUAUAAUUCAAUUAUUUGGUGUUAGUCCAUCAUUAUCAACAAAAAAUCUUUAUCUUGUUAUGGAAUAUGCACAUGGUGGUGCAUUAAAUCAUCUUUUACGUAAACGUCAAUCAGGUCUUUAUCCAAAUGUAUUUAUACAAUAUGCUAAACAAAUAGCAGAUGGUAUGAGAUAUUUACAUGAAGAAGCAUGUGAACAUAUUAUUCAUCGUGAUUUAAAAUGUUCAAAUAUACUUAUUUUAGAACAUAUUAAUGAUGUUCAUAAUGAUAGUGAUCUUUUACAUAAAACAUUAAAAAUAACGGAUUUUGGACUUGCUAGAAAACAAUUACAAACAUCAAGUGUAUCAACUGCUGGAACAUUUGCUUGGAUGAGUCCAGAAUGUAUUCGUAAUACGGAAUUUUCAACGAAAUCAGAUGUUUGGAGUUUUGGUGUUCUUCUUUGGGAAUGUUUAACAGGUGAAGUACCUUAUAAAGGUUUUGAUCCAAUGCAAGUUGCAUUCGGUAUUGCAACAAAUAAAUAUUCUCUUCCCAUUCCAAGUACAUGUCCGGAAGAAUUUUCACAAUUAAUGACAAAUUGUUGGAAAAUUUCUCCACAUGAACGACCAACAUUUAGUAUGUUACUUGAACAGAUAAAUAAAAUUAUUGAAAUAAACUAUACAACUAAUCAAAUAAAUCAUAUGGAACCAAAUGAAGAAUCAUAUCAAUCAUUACAAAAAGAUUGGCGUCAAGAAAUUCAAGAUAUGUUUAAUGAAUUAAAAGAAAAAGAACAAGAAAUUCGUGAUCGUGAACAAGCUAUUCAUCAACGUUUAUUAGAACAAAAUCAUCAACGUUUAGAAUUAGAAAAAUGGGAACAACAAUUAUAUGAACGUGAAAUGCAUAUUGUUGAAUUAGAAUUACAAUUAUUAAUAGCAAAAAAUAAUCAACAACGUACACAUCAUCAUACACCAAAAAUAUCAAAUCGAUCUGGAGGAUUUUUUCGUUCAAUUCUCAAUGGAACUAAUAAUAUAUCAUCGAAUUCUACUACCCUAAUUAGUAGUCCAACAAAUUUUCGUCAUUUAAUAUCCGUAUGCCAUAAUCAACCAAACAUUGAUCCAACAUUAUCACCAAAUGUUCCUACAUUAUCUCCAUCAUUUUCAUCAUCAAUAUCAUGUUCCAUGGCACCGAAUUCAACAAAUAAAUCAUCGAAUUCUCAAUUUAAUCGUUCAUAUUCAAGUAAUAGUACACCAACAACACCCAAUAUGAGUCGACUUCGUACAUUAACUUUUAAUCAAUUAGUUGAUGGAUGUAAUCCAACAACACCACCUGAUAAACCUCCACGUUCAAUUAGUCAAACAAAAUCACCUGGACGUAAAUCUAAAUCAUCGUCAGCUAUAAAACGCAAACAAGGAAAAAGAAAUGUACAUAAUGGUGAACCAAAAUGGUAUUUAGAAACUUUAUCAUCAAUAAAUACAAAUAAUAAUAAUAAUAAUAAUAAUAAUGAUAAUACAACAAUAUCAAGUACAAUAUCAACUCCAAUUAUUGAUCGAUCAACUCGAAGAUUAGUUUCGGAGAGUUCUGAUGAAUUAAGUUCAUCUUCAUCUUCUCUAUGUUCAACACCAAAUGAUCGUUCAUUAGCACGUGCUAUAUUUGAUAUAAAUUCCAUGUUAAUGAGUGUUGGACUUGGUCAUCGUUUGCCUGCUCAAAUAGAUUCAUCUUCAAUACGAACAUGUCAACAACAGCAACCAAAUGUUGCUUGUUCAAUAAAUGAAACAGUUAAAACAAAAUAUCAUCAACCAAUUAAUUCAACAUCAUUAACAAAGGAUACAACCAAACAAGCAAAUGAAUUUACAAAUAUUGAUUAUCGAUCCGAACCAUUCUAUUUACCAAUUCGACCUAAUUCACUUAUUCUUUUAUCAUCAUCAUCAUCAUCUUCACAAAAUUCUAGUCACAAAAAUCCUAUCAUAUCAACAACAAUAGGAAAUCAACAAAUAACAGAUGAUGAUAAUGAAAAAUAUUAUUCGGCACAAUCAUCAAAAAUUUCAACACCAAUGAUACAUUCAAUGGAUUUAUCAUCUUAUAGAGAAAAUUUCGAAGAUAAAUUAAUUUUAUCAUCUAUACUUGAUAUUGAUGGUAAUGAACAAAAAAAACAUCAAACAAAAGUAUUACCAACACAAGUUGAAAAUAAUAAAAAAUUUUCUAUUUCACCACAUAUUAUUGAAAAAAAUUCCUUCAACUAA